AAGGACCAUCUCCUUCCCAUCACCAAGAUCAUCUCCUUCUCAUCACCCAGACCAUCUCCUUCUCAUCACUAAGACCAUCUCCUUCUCAUCACCCAGACCAUCUCCUUCCCAUCACCAAGACCAUCUCCUUCCCAUCACCAGGACCAUCUCCUUCUCAUCACCAGGACCAUCUCCUUCUCAUCACCAGGACCAUCUCCUUCUCAUCACCAGGACCAUCUCCCUGAGCCGCUGCUGGGUCCCCGGUUAGCGGAGCGUCGCAUGGAUAAUGGCUGCAGAGUUUAUAAAGAGCUGCUGCAAGGGAUGUUUCCAAGCUGACAACAAAAGAGGACUGGCGGAGAGAGACCCGUCCGAGGCGGCCCGGAAAGGUUCUCACAUCGUCGACCUGCCCCCCAUGUCCUCGGUGUCUCUAAAGAGACAGGUGGGGUGCAGCGAGGAUUAUCUGCUCUCCAAGCUGCCGGCCGACGGCCGAGAGGUGCCGUUCGUGGUCCCGACGUUCAAACCGGCGUACAUCCAGCCGCGGGCGCUCUCCGGCCCGUCUCACCUGGAGGGGCUCAAAGGGUCCGCCAGGACCACCUUUAACGACCGCAAAGCAGAGCUGUCCGCCUUCUAUCACCCGGGGCCGAACUACGAUGUCAUCUACAACCCCAGCUACGUGCUGCAGCACAUCUCACCGGACCUGGGCAGGCGGGGAGAAGCGGCCCCCGGCUCGGCCCGGCUCUACGGAUCAGUUUGUGAUCUGAGGAGCAUUAAAGCGGCCGACGCUCCGGUUCUGAGCAGCUCGCUGUACGAUCUGGCGGGUCCCACGCGAUGCUUCCAGCGAUACGAUUCGGUCUCCAGCAUCCGGAGCAGCAACUCCUCCAGAAAGGAUUCCCAGGGCAGUAACCGGAGUCUGGAUACAAUCACAUUAUCGGGGGACGAGAGGGAAUUGGGGAGGCUGAAUAUCAAAGUGCGAUACGUCUCGGCCGUGGAGCAGAUCUGGAUCACCAUGCUGCAGUUAAAAGAUCUGAGUUGGCCGGCGGGCUGCGGAGAAAGUCCGAGUAUCUGCGUGAAAGGCAUCAUUACGUUGCCCAAACCGGUGCAGUUUAAGUCAUCUGCUAAGGAAGGCGCUCUGGACAUGGACUUCAUGGAGACCUUCGUGUUCGCCAUCAAGCUGCAGACCCUGCAGUCGGCGCGCCUCGUUUUUAAGGUCCUCAGCCUGACCCCCAGGAAAAGAACCAUCAGCAAGUGCUCCGUGUCCCUGCGCGACCUCAGCGAGGACGAGAGGGAGUAUUGGCUGGACGUGGCGCCGUCGUCCAAAGUGUCCGUCUGUCACGCCGAGCUGCAGAUCGGGACCUGUUUUCAAGCAAUAAACAGCAGGAUUCAGCUGCAGAUCAUAAAGGCCCAGAACCUGCCCGGCUCAUCGGCCCCGCUCUGUCUGAAUUUCUUCGUGAAAGCGGAGAUGUUCAGCACCGAGGGGCUGAUGUACAAGAAGAAGACGCGGCCCCUGAAGGCCACGGGCGGACGGGUCACCUGGGGGGAGACCAUGACCUUCCCCGUGUCGCAGAAAGAGGAGGGAAUCAACUUUCUGGUCAAACUUUACAGUCGCAGCUCGGUGCGGCGGAAGCAUUUCAUCGGUCAGGUCUGGAUCAGCAGCGACAGCAACAGCUCGGAAGCGGCAGAUCAGUGGACAGACACGAUCAGCCACCCGGAAAAGGUGGUAAUGAAAUGGCACAAGCUGAACCUUUCCUGAAGCUGCUAGGGAUCGGAGAGAAGCAGACUGACGGGGGGGGGGGCACUCCGUACGGACCAGCGACAGAGUAUUUCGGGGUUAUGCCCAAGUAAUAGAACUGAGCAACCCC